UGGCGGGAGCAGGGGGCCAGCGGACCGGAAUCCUAGACGACAACAUCCUGUGUAACGACAAUGACCCAUACCGUUACGGCAGAUCCAACAUUCUCGUCCACGAGUUUGCUCACACGGUUAAACUCUACGGACUGGAUGGAUGGAUGCUCACUAGAAUAACAAACGCAUUUAAAGCUGCUCAGGGGAAUAACGCCUGGGCGCCAGGACAGUACGCCAUGCAGACGGAAGAGGAGUACUUUGCCGUCGGGAGCAGCGUCUUCAUGAACGCCGAUCGACGCGGGCCAAACGCCAAUGUGAAUGGAAUUCAGAUGAACGUAUGUGGUUCCACGGCGUGCAGUACUGAGUACGCCGGUAAGACCAACAUCUAUAACCACGACAUUACGCUCUAUUCUAUACUGAGGGAAGUGUAUGGAAACAACCAAGACGUGAACUUCAACCUUUCACCGUGUGUCCACAUAUAAUCCAAUCACUAAGCACUUGUGGUUAAACACCUAUUUACAAUGGAUCACUUUGAUUGAUUUAUUUUGUUUAUGAUCACGUUAAUUAAAUAUCGGUUUCCUCUGAUUAAA